CAAGCCAAAGACAACUUGCUUUCUCACCCACACUGAAAAGAACAUGAAUUUUAAACCCUAAUUUCAAAAUCCCUCUCUACCGUUCUGCAAAUUCCUGCAGAAAAUAUUCUCGCCAGAAUGUCAUCGAAUGCUCCAGUGGAAGACCCCUCCGUCACCGAGACCGAUGAGGAGACAGUCGCGCUCCGUAAGAAGCGGCUGCGGCGCGUGAGCUUCGCAGACCGCGAGAUCACGUCGGUUCAUAUCUUCAACCGCGACGAGGACUACGAGUCUCCCCCGGACUUCGAGAAGAACAAUGCCACGCCAGAGAACGAAGUCGUGGGGCUUUUCAAAGACCUGGCGGAUAGCGAUGACUUCAGGGAGCUGUCGCCGAAUGGUCAGAGUGAAGAUGAUGAGGUUGCAGUGGAGAGGAAUUCGUUCUUGCGGCCCAUCGGGUCCCCAUCUCCUGGUGGGAGUAGUAUCGUUGGCUCUGCUACUUCUAAUGACGAGGAAAACUUUUUUGGCCCUGUAUCAGCAAGUUUUAUUAGACCUGGAAGGUUAUCUGGUUCAGCUGCAUCUGAUGAAAACCAUGAUAUUACGAUGGAUUCAACUGCAUUUUCAAUGCAUUUCCGAAGCCUUGCAAAAUCAGAUUCGGGAGGAGACAUUAAGACUCCAACAGGAGUUCGUCUCGCCUUCGAGGACAAAACACCUGCCCAGACUACCACCCCUUCUGAUCCAGGAAGUUCAAUGGUGAUAACAAAAUAUAAGAAGCCAGUUGCCCAAUCUUCUUCUUCUUUAGAUAGAGUUAGUGGUCGUAGUGAUUCCUUUGACAUGAGUCUUGUUGAAAAAAUUCCAAAUAAAUACGAUUAUGGAAAAUUAUCUCCUAAACUACAAGCUAUUUUAGCUGAGGGUAUCGAGGAUUUGCAUGUUUUCUCACUUUCUGAUUAUACCAAAGCAAAGUCACCAAAGGGGAGUUUAGUUCCCAGCCUUGAUGAUAAUGGGGUUGCCAGCAUGGGUCAAAAGGAUGACAUUGCUGUUUCUCAUAGUAUGUCUGCUGAAGAAGCUCUUCAACCGGGUGAGGUGAAUGGCAGUUCUGUAGCCACUACUGUUGGUGAAAUCACUCAUGAUUACUCGCUUAUUACAAAUGAUGAUCCAACUGCUGAUGCCUCCAUUGAUCACCAAAUCAGAACUCCAGAUCAGCAUAGCAAUCAGGUGAACAAGGAGCGUAAAACUGCGGUCAGAACAAGUGUUCUGAAUGAUGAGUUCUCUGCUAUGAAUAAAAGCACCCCACCACCAAGAUCAAUUAAAUUUUCGCAGUUAGAUUUGUCUCUGCAGCAUGAAUCUGGACAUCGUUCUUCUAAUGGUGAUCAAAUGAAAGAAACUUAUUCUAGUAAAAUACAUAAUUCUGCUGAACAACACGAAUCUCCGGAUGCAGGGUCUAUAUACUCACUAUCUGCUAAACGACGUCAUAUAUUCCAGGAUGUCGCUAAUUCAUCUCAAUAUUCAUCAUUUGUGACUGCUUCCCCUAAACAAACCACUCCCAUUUUAGGUAAGGAAAUGAUAAAAGGUCCUGUUCAAGUGUUCUCUAUUCCUCGAAUUUCACGAGCUAUUGAGCCUUCUCCUUGCUCUGCCCUGAAGGAUGGAAUGAGAAGACUAAAACUCCGAUCACCACUGCCCUUUUCUUCGGAAACUUCUCCUAUGAAUACUCCUAAUCACAAUAACAAUAAGUUUCUCCAGAGUAGAGGUGUGGACUGCCCAGACAUUGACCCUGAGAAGCAGUUCAGUUUUGAUCUGAAGAGCAGCGAACAAGAAACUGUGAUUUGCAUAAACAGUGAUGGUAUUGGGCACCUGAACAAUGGGAUGAGCCAAAAUAAAGAGACCAAAGGCCAUGCAGAAGAUGGGGACUCUCCAAAUCUUGUGACAAUGACAGCUGUGACUUCACCCUUGUUUUCUGCUUUGUCACAGAAUGAGAUACAGGAUGUCUUGACGUCUCGGAAGCCCAGUGAAGGGACAUUGGAUUGUAGAUCUGAUUCCUCAUCAAUGAAGUUGGCUAUAAGUAAUGAAGAUGACGAGGAUGUGAUUGAUCCACCCAAGUUUGCUUCCCCUUUAAUUAAAAGGCCGGACCAGAAGUUAUCAUCAUCAGUAGAAUACCAAAGCAGUAUUUCUAGUGAUUUCGAUCAACAUUAUAAAUCUGUUAGCAUUAGCCCAGGACAAGAUGGUAAUACUGUUAAAAAUGCAAAUCCUGGUAGCCCUUCCGCAGAAAUAACUGACAGGUUAGGAUCAUUUGUUGAAGGGAAAGCACAAUCAAGCUCAUCUCUUCUUGACAGGCAAAGUUCUUUUUCUGGUCUUCAAAAUGUAUCUAAAAUAUUUAGGAGCUUCCAAAGUCCUUCAAGAGAUAAGGUCACUGCAAAUUUCAACCAAGGCGAGUUCAGGGAAGGACUUCCUGAGAAGGGAAUUGAAACUCCUUAUGAUGGGUCAACAUCUAUGUAUGGCCCUAAGAGAACUACGAAAGAGCCAUUAUCUGAGAAGAGCCCUUCCUGGAAAGAGCUGACCGAAAGUCUCACUAGGAAGGACUUAACUGACUCAACUCGGAGCCUUGGUAUGAAGGACCCUCACAGUGCAUACCGCAAUUACAAUUUCCAAUCCUUUAUUGGAAAAGACAUAUCAUCUGAAUCCAAUUUUAUUCAGCAUGCUCCUAGUGACAGUCAGUCGAAACUUGAUUUAUCACGGAGGUUGUUUUCUAAGAAAGACGUUGAGAGCUCUUCUGGAUGGAAAAGAAAAAAUAUGGAUCCUGUUCAUGGGGAUGGAGAUAAUGAUGAUAACUCAAGGGCUAAGAGGAAUCCAAAGAUUUGCAAACGUGGGGGUUCUGAUUCGGAGUUCAUGAUAAUGCAGUCAGAUGAAAAUGACAAUAGAACUGAGAAGAUUGUAGUUGAUAUAACAUUGAAGCAUUGGACUAAUGUUUCAUCUAAAUUUUCAGCAGAUACUAAAGAGUUGCUUUCUCCGUUGACUGAUAAACUAAAUAUAAGAGCAAUUGACAGGCUGGAAGAUAUUGUGGUUCACCUUCAGAAAGUCAAGAUAUGGGACUUGCUUUGCUCAGAAAUUCGGUCUCAGAAAAUAAAUAAUCAGUCUAGUAAUGCUUGGAAUAAAAGAGUAUCUGAAACAAGAGUGCUGCUUUAUAAAAUUGCGUAUGAAAAGGCAAAAUUGAAGUUAUUAUACAUCAAGUAUGAUAAAGUUCUGAAAAGAAUGCAACAGUUGGACUCUGCAGUUCAGGAGUCUCGGAGCUUGCGGUCAAUUUGCACUCAGCAUCGGUCUUUGACAAGUGAAAGAAACACACAAAUUUAUGCUGUUCAAAUUCCAAGCAUGAUCCUAAGUGACAAGGUGGCCAUCAUGCGGCAUGAUGUUGAAGCGUUAGAUAAGAAAAUAGAGAAUUUAACUGAAUCUGUUGGGACUUAUUACAAGAGGAAAGCAGUACCAAGCUGUUCUGAAAUUAUAGUUUUACUCAAUGAUCAUCUGAAAAAGAAAUCUGCAUGCAGGCUUCUACACCAAGAUUUGCAGUUGUGGGAAGUUGGUGAUGUGGAGAAGGGGAAUGGCCAUUAUAGCAUUUCGCUUAACUACCAAGGUUUCAUAUGCAAGAGAUUAACAGUAAAUUCCAGUCCAACUUCAAUCAUACUUAUUUCAGACACAUUGAAUGCUUUAAAUAUUAUGAAGAAUUUCCCAAACAUGAAUGCGCUUGCUGCCUUUUCUUUUGUGUUCAAUGCUGAGACCACCAAGAAAUAUGCUGGAUCGAAAAUUUUGGCUCGAGAUAUACAAACUACCAGUUCAGUGCUGUGUAAUCUGCUAGAUGUGUUUCGGGAAGUUCAGUUAGCACAGAUAGAAGUUAGAAGUGUCACAAACACAAAUUUCUUUUCUCCAUCAGCUGAGCAGCUUGAUUUGGAGCUUCGUUUCACUGAUUUUAGCUUUGGGAGGAAGGUGUCAUUGACUCUUGAUAUGACAUGUUUAAAACGCGGAAUUUAUCCUUCUGAGAACCUUGCAUAUCAGUUACAGAUUUCCAAUGCCAAGACUUUAGAGUCACUGGACCAGCGUUUUGCAGCUGAAAUAGACCAUCUUAAAGUGGGUUAUUCAAGAAUUAUACGACUUUGUAAGUGUGUUUCGCAGGUAAUGCAAUCCUUAAGUAGGUGAAAAGUGUUCCAACUCCCCUGGAGCAGUUGCUCCACUUUUUUUAUCAUCUGGCACCAGCCUGGUUUGAGCACUUCGUGUGCCGGGCCAAGCAUGGUGUAUACCCAACAGGUUCGAACUUGUUUAUGCCUUGCAGUUACUUCAAUUAUGCUUCUCCAUGGUGAUUGCUGUAAAUAUAUGUUAUUGAAGUGCCUUCCAAGGUUAACCCAGCUUAAUCUGGCAAGGGGUCGACGUUUGAAAUGCAUUAGUGGUAAUAUUUUGUAUAGCUGCUUACCAUUUUGUGGAUUAGUCUGGCCAUUUUGAUGCUUUGUUUAGUGUCGAUUCGGUGCUAUCCUUGAUAAGGCUCAGUGAUGUUGACAUGAUCAUUAAUUGGUCUGUUUUGUUUGGUACUGACUCCUUAAUAGUAGGUCCACUUGAAGGGUGGACCACCUAGAUGUUGAAAUGGUAGAAUAUAUUAGCAAAA